CCCCGCAUCCCGGCACUGCGAAGGGCGGAGCGGCAACAUGGCGGCGCCGGGUGCUGGUGACCCUGUCGAUGCCAAGAACGGAAAGGCUCCUUUUGCUCAGCGCAUUGACCCGACCCGGGAAAAACUGACUCCCGCGCAACUGCAGUUCAUGCAGCAGGUGCAGCUUGCCCAGUGGCAGAAAACGCUGCCACAGCGGCGGACCCGGAACAUCGUGACCGGCCUGGGCAUCGGGGCCGUGGUGUUAGCUAUUUAUGGAUACACCUUCUACUCAGUGUCCCAGGAGCGUUUCCUUGAUGAGCUGGAAGACGAGGCUAAAGCUGCCAGAGCCCGAGCUCUUGCGAGGGCAUCAGGACCCUGAAUGGACGGACGGGCGUUAUCUAUCUUCAAUCUGGUGGAGCCCCUUCACAAGAUGGAUGAUACCCCAUGAUCCUGUAGAAAUUGCCUGCUCACAGCCUCACUGGCCUACUUACUGACUUUGGAUCAUGAUUGAACCCAAGAGACUAUGCAUUUGGCCACUCUCAAUGGAAUCUUGUCUGUUUCCUAUGCACUGUGUACAGUAACUCCUUUUUGUUUUUUUCCUUGCUUGAGCAUAUGCAACAUUGGCUUUUCUCAAACUUU